GCCAAGGCUGGUUUUUAAGAUCAUGUAGAAACAUAAUUCUAGAAGUGCCCAUCAGUAGAGCCAGAGCAACCAACAACUCUCCCUGAUGGCCACCUGCUGCCACUGCAAUCUGAAAACAAGAGAAGAGAGUGAUUGCAGAAUAAAACACUUCCUCGUGUCUGCUGUAUGUGGACUGCAAGGGAAACAGUCUGAAAUGGCGGCUGACUGGAAACAGAAGUGUGACUCGCAGUGGCAGCUGGGGGCUCACGGUGUCCCCAUGCCCGACAGCGUGGACUGGAAAUCGGUGUUCGAGAAGAAGCCGUUUGAACGCAACCUACUGCAGAACCCCUCGCCUUACGGUGUAAACCACACAAUCCCACCACCCGAACCCCAUCGAUCAGGAAUGCCACCUCCUCCAGACCGACCACCUCAGUUUGAGCCCGAUGGAAAUUUCUCUGGCUGGAAAACUAAUACAGAAGUUUUACCGUAUGACACUAGUGGAAUCCCUCCUGAGGCUGUAGUCUGUCACCUGCCUCAGUACAGGUGGUUCUCUCUAGAGCAGCGUGUGGACCUGAAGGCAGAGGGUCUGUGGGACCAACUGCUGGAUGAGUUCCAGCCUGAGAUAGUCAUUGAGGACUGGUAUGAGGAAAGCCAGCUUAAUAAAUCUAUCUAUCAGCUUGAUGUCAAGCUCUUGGGUGCUGAUGGUAAGACGGUCAUCAAGCAGCACACACAUAACCCUGAAGAGAACCUGGAGUGCUACUCACACACUUGGAAAAAGGUCUCCCAUGUUUUCUCCAAGUAUGGGCCGGGAGUGAGAUACAUUCACUUCCUCCACAGACUGAAGAACCAGUUCAUGUUUGAACUCUUUAAUACUAAAGUCACAGACAGCUCGAUUAUUAUCAAGACCAGCAAAGCCAGUGGGCAAUAAUCCAUCAAAAAAAACAAAACAAAAAAAAAAACUGGUAUGAGUUAAUGCUGUUUUUUUUUUUUAGAACAAAGCACUAUUGUCCUAAAUGUUUCAUAAAUGAACUGUACUAGUUGUAUCUAGCAGAUUAAUAAUGAAAUAAAACAUUCCUUAUUCGUUUUGUGA